GCUAAAAAAGCCCCGAUGUAUUUUAGAAACGCCCCGACUCAUUGGUUCCACGCGGUCCUCGAUUAUUGCACCCGAGGUGUUCGGCAAAAAGCCCCGCCCAGACGAACCGCUAUGAUGUCCAGCAUCUCGCUCUAUUUAAGCAAUCAUCAUUACCCAUGUCUUCGUGUCUCUGCUUCUUUCCAGCCCGCGGCCGGCCUGAAGCAGUGAAGCUUCUUCCACAACCUAAUUAUAUUAAUCAGAGGGAAAGUUGUGUGAUUUAUUGGGUCAACCAUGGCUCCUGCUGGGAAGGCUUCUGCGUUCAACCGUGAGGGAAACGACUGGUUCUGCAAUGCAGGUUUGCCAAGCGAUGUCACCGUAUCUGUAGAUGGAGCAAAUUUUCAUCUGCACAAGUUUCCACUUACAUCAAAAUGUGGGAAGAUAGCUAAAGCAAUUGAAGAAUCUCAAAAUAUACAUGACGGAACUUUCAGAAUUACCCUAGAAGGAUUCCCUGGAGGAGCUGACAUUUUCUUGCUUGCUGCUAAAGUCUGCUAUGGGGUUCGGAUGGAAUUUACAGCUAAAAACAUAAUAGCAGUGUAUUGUGCAGCAGACUAUCUUGAAAUGACUGAUGAGUAUGGAGAAGAUAACUUGCUUUCCAGGUCAGAAAGUUUCUUUCAUAGCAAUGUGCUCCGAAACUGGAAGGAUUGUGUUUUGGCUCUUCAAAGUUCUGAGCCUGUGAUAACAAGAGCUGAUGAGCUUCAGAUCAUUAACAAAUGUUUGAAUGCUAUAUCUAUGAUGGUUUGUACAGAUCCUAGUUUGUUUGGAUGGCCUAUGAUGAUGUAUGGUAGCUUACAGAGUCCGGGAGGAAGUAUUCUGUGGAAUGGAAUAAACACUGGUGCCAGAAUACGAAGCUCCGAAUCAGACUGGUGGUUUGAAGAUAUCUCUUAUCUCAGUGUGCAUUUGUUUAAGAGACUUAUUCAGACUAUGGAAGCAAGAGGUAUAAGACCGGAAAACUUGGCAGGUGCUAUAAUGUAUUAUACUAAAAAAUACCUUCCAGGUUUGGGGCGAUGGCAGGGUGGACAAAGUACCAAAACUAGAACAGUAGCAAGUUUUAGCAUGACACCCGCAGUUGUAAAUCAAAAGGCACUAUUGGAAAGCAUUGUAAAGCUACUGCCUGAAAAGAAGGGGAAAUCUUAUUGCCGGUUUCUGUUAGGACUUCUUCGUGUUGCAUUGAUAUUAGGUGUUAAUGAUACAUGCCAAGACUCUUUAGAGAGGAAAAUAGGAAUGCAACUGGAACUUGCCACUCUUGAUAGUCUGCUGAUACCUAAUUAUUCAGAUUCUGAUACUUUGUAUAAUACCGACUGUGUUGAGCGGAUUAUUCAUCAUUUUACAUCUGUAGAACCGGGUGUAUCUUCAUUUUCUCCACCCUCCUUUGACGCAGAAGCAUCACCAUCAUCUGAACCAUUGAAGAAAGUUGCAAAACUGAUUGAUGGUUAUAUUGCUGAGGUUGCUUCUGAUGUGAACUUGAAACCUGGAAAAAUACGGCUGCUUGCGGAGGCCCUUCCAGAAUCCUCAAGAUCUUUCCAUGAUGGGUUAUACAGAGCACUCGACAUUUACUUUAAGGCACACCCUUGGCUCCCAGAAAGAGAAAAGGAACAACUGUGCAACAUCAUUGACUUCCAGAAGCUCUCUAUUGAUGCUUGCGCACAUGCAUCACAAAAUGAAAGGUUGCCACUCAGGGUUAUUCUUCAAGUCCUCUUCUUUGAGCAGUUGCAAUUGAGAAAAGCUUUAGCAGGCUACCUCCAUGUUUUAGAUCCUGAAACAGCUCCUGCAGGUCCAAUGAACAUCCCAGGUGACACAGCAGGUCAGAUCAUACAGAGAGAUGGAUGGGUGUCGGUGGUACGUGAGAACCAGGUUUUGAAAGUGGACAUGGAGAACAUGAGGUCAAGAGUUGGAGAACUUGAAGAAGAAUUUAGCAAAAUAAAGCAAGAGAUGAAAAGGGUAAGCAAGUCGAAUAGUUCUCUUAAUUCUCCUCGCCUUGUUGCUCGGAGGAUGGGUUGCAAUCCCCACCCGAGAUCAUCUGAUGCUCAACCUGACAUUGUCGAAAGCACAGGACCCACACCAAGAGGGUCGUCAGUUGAGCAGCAACAGCCUUCCAACCAUUCUGGGCAUCGUAAAAGUUUCUCUUUGUUUUGAGUGCUGAGACGAAGGAAACAAAAACUCGGUUCAUGUCUGCAAAUAUCUUGGCACUUCAUAAGGGCAACAUAAAAAAGGUGACAGUCCUGAGUCUUGCACCCAUCUAUUUACUUUUUUGAUUGAAAUGCAUGCCUGAAGAAUAGCAGCUUCCUCCCAUGUGGAUUGAAUCAAUUAUCAGUUACUCUUUCUUCUUCUUCUUCUUUGAAUGGAAGAGGACUACAGAAGCUAUAAUCCAUCCUUGAUCUGGAACUGCAAGUCUCUGCUGCUAUUCUUCAUGCAUACAAAACUAGCACUACUCUUUUCGGCUCGGGUUGUCGACUGGAGUAAAUACAGUUGUGCAAUGUGCUUCAAUUACAGACAUAAUAUCCAUUGUUCUAAGGGUUUAUAUACAUGUACAGCUCUUUCAAAGAUCCUGUAAGUGCGGAAAGAAGAAAAUAUAUGAAAGAUUUUUGUUUUGUUGUUGGUUUUC